GGAAAGCCAGGACCCCCAGGCCCCCCAGGAGCCGCGGGGCCACCCGGUUUCCCUGGGGCUGAAGGACUCCCAGGGUCUCCAGGCUCAGCUGGGCCAGAUGGACCCCCAGGGGCACCCGGACUCCCAGGGCCUCAGGGUCCCCCCGGGGUGCCUGGGCACGAAGGACCCCCUGGCCCCCCAGGAUCUGCAUCACACCCUGGCAAACCAGGGCUCCGAGGGGAGCCAGGAUUCCCAGGACCAAAGGGUGAGAAGGGCGAGUAUGGGCUGCCAGGCAUGCCAGGGAGCCCUGGCCGGACCGGAGAACCAGGGUCCCCGGGCAUGCCCGGUCCCAUGGGGCCACCAGGACCACCAGGGGACUACAGGUGUGACUCACGCCACGCUGGACACCACGGGCUGGCCGGGCUGCCGGGCACCAAGGGAGAAAAGGGCGACCCUGGAGAGCCGGGAUGCUGCUAUGGGGAGCACGGCUGCAAACCAGGGCACCUCCCCUUCCCCAGCACCGGCAGCCAGCCCGGCUCGUGGGGCUCCAUCAGCGGGCCUCCUCUACCUCAAUAGGGUGCACCCCGUGCAUGCCCAGCCGCCCUGCAAGCAGCCGCGCCACACGUGGGUGUUCAAGUCCAAGGAGCUGAUGGUGAAGGCGAGCAGUGCUGUGCCCGAGGGGAGCCUGGUCUAUGUGAGGGAAGGGAGCAGCGCCUUCCUGCGGACCCCCGCCGGCUGGAGCCGCCUCCUGCUGGAGGAUCCCAAGUCGUUCCUGGCUGGUGACGACCCCUCUGCCUCCACCCCACAGUACCAGGAGGUGAAGAGGGUGCAGCCAAGAGGUCCCAACACCAUGCAAUCUCCAACAGACUCACUGAUCCAGAAGGAGGAGGAGGAACAAGGGCUGUCCCAGACUCUGCCCACCACCACAGCCCCACGGAUCCCAUCUCUCCGCCUGGCUGCCCUCAACGUGCCCCUGUGGGGCGACAUGAGCGGGAUCCGGGGCGCUGACCUGCAGUGCUACCGGCAGUCCCAGGAGGCCGGGCUCUACGGAACCUUCCGGGCCUUCCUGUCAGCCCCCAGCCAGCAGCUGCUGUCCAUCGUCAAGAGGACAGACAGGACCCUCCCCAUCAUCAACCUCAAGGGGCAGCUGCUGGCCAAGUCCUGGAGCUCCCUCUUUGGGGGUGCUGCCCUGCGGGGUCCCAUCUACUCCUUCAACGGGCGCAACGUCCUGGCAGAUCCCCUCUGGCCCCACCGGCUAGCCUGGCACGGCUCCACGCCACGGGGUGGCCAUGCCCGCCGCUGGGACUGCCAGGGCUGGCGCAGCUCUGGCACAGCCCAGGGCAUGGCCAGCGCCCUGGGGGAGGGCAGGCUGCUGGCUGGGCAGAGGCACAACUGCUCCACGCCGCUGGCCGUGCUCUGCAUCGAGGUGGCUUUCCCUUACCGGCACAUGUGGUGACAAGGGUGACACCCGAGCAGGAGCUCCAGGUGCUCCUCUAGACCUGGGGAAUGUCCCUGGGAGCACUGAGGGGACAUCAGGGGCAAGGCCAGGCUG